AUGGAUACGCAGCUCUCAAGAGAAGAAAGCUCGAAAGAGUCGAAAAUUAUCCAACCAUCUGUGCAGGAAAAGAAUACCGGCGCAAAGAGCUUCAGUAGUGGAACUGAAGUCUGCGAUGAACAACCGUUUUCGGAAAGGCAGUCAAUGGAAAUAACGCGGCAACGCCCUCAUUCAUUGCAACUUGGCGCUUCCUCACAAGACGACACGAAACCGUCAGCUACAAAGUCGCCACAUACGAACAAAAGGCGGACGGUGACAAGAGCGCCACCUUCUUUUAGAAAUCUUCUUAGUCCAAUAAACGAAGAGGGUCCGGAUAUGAUGUUUAAUGAAAAUGACGUAAAGUACGAAGAGAGCUAUGAUUCUGUGGUUAUAAAGACUGAUGAUGAGACUUUUCAACCUCGACCCAACGCAGAAGGAAAGAUCAAGCUCAUGCGAUGGGACAAUAUAUUAGACGAAAUCGAUAGAGAAAUAGCCAAACUAAGGCCGCCACGUACGACAUCGAAGAAUAACAACAGAACUGCUGAUUCAUCAGAAUCUCAUGCAGUGCUCGACGAAUCCUACGAGGACUUGCUUUCUAUUGAAAAGCCACGCUCCAUUUUUGAGAGUCUCUCCUUCACGUACACCACGACGGUGACAAUGGAAAAUGCUGGUGACGAAUCAGUUAAAGAGAAAAGUUUUGAACUGUCACUGAUGCCUGAAGAGGUAAUUUUGUGGCAGGAACUCGCAGAAAGUAGAGGAGACGAUGUGAAUUCUCCUGACUUGUUGAUCUGGAGCACUGUUGUUGAGCUGGCAGCAAUGCUUUGGCCGGAAUCGUCUGAGAAACUAAAUCGAAUAAGCUCGGAAUUGUUACCGAUUCCAGAAUCUGUUGGAGAAUUCGCCGAAAUGGCUGAACGAUAUAUGACUGAAAAACUAAGUUGUUUGCCACCAUCGCAUCGAUACAAACUAAUAAGUCGCCCAUGGCUAUCGGAUGACACAGGCAUCUUUUUUGACGAGGCUGUCGCACAGCAUGUAUAUGGCUGGGAUCCCAACAGUGUUAAUUUCGUAGGUUGCCCUCCAUUUGAUUACCUAUGCACUUUCAAAUACGUGACAGUUAAACGAAGAAUCCUUAAUUGCACAUUCGACAUGGGAAAAGCAGCCCUAGUGUACCCCGGCCUUCGUCUUAAGCUUAACCGUUGA